AUGACCUCGUUACCCUCGCCGCCAGAUUCUGUGUCUACAGCCGAAGAACAGAGGGUCCAGAAGAUAGGACCCGAGCUGGAGCGCUUGACGAAGAUAUGCAUCGACGCGAUCAACCAACGAGAUUGGGACUACACUUCGCCAGAAGGACAAGAUUUCCUGUCACAUGUCCAUCCGAGCUUCACUGCGAUAUUCGAUAAUGUGCCGGGAAAGAUGGACUGGGCGGGUCUGAAUGCUGCUUGGCAGACCAUGUUUGCAGCACAUCCAGAGGGGCAGUUCAACAUCACGCGAAUGAACACCGCUGUCGAUACAAGAGCCGGAUACGGGACAGUCGUGAUUGAGAGUGAAGCGACUGGCGUGUCGAAUGUCGUGCUGCAUGGCCUCAGCGAAGCCAAAUGGCGCCGCGUGAAUGGGAAGUGGCUGUUCUACUAUCAUGCUGGCAUGCGUGGGAGCAGCGGAAACAGCGGAUUCGUGUGA